GGCGCUGAGGCGGCCGGACCGGGGCCCGGGAGCCGCGCGGCUUCGGGGCGCUCGGGACCCCGCGAGCGCGCGGCGCGAGCGGUUCGCUGUGCGCCCCCGGGGGGAGCCCAGGCCCACCGGACACCAUGAACUACCUGAACGUGUUGGCCAAAGCCCUCUACGACAACGUGGCCGAGUCCCCGGACGAGCUCUCCUUCCGCAAGGGCGACAUCAUGACGGUGCUGGAGCGGGACACACAGGGCCUGGGCGGCUGGUGGCUCUGCUCGCUCCACGGCCGGCAAGGCAUCGUGCCUGGGAACCGCCUCAAGAUCUUGGUGGGCAUGCACGACAAGAAGCCGGCUGUGCCGGGUCCGCCCCAGCCCAGCCUCCUGGCCCCCGCAGCCCCGUACACACCCAUGGUGCCAGCCACCUUCCCGCCCCAGCCGGACAGCGUCUACCUGGUGCCCACCCCCAGCAAGACUCAGCAAGGCCUCUACCAGGCUCCCGGGCCCAGCCCCCAGUUCCAGUCCCCGCCGGCCAAGCAGACCUCCGCCUUCUCCAAGCAGAUGCCUCAUCACUCAUUCCCCAGCCCAGCCCCCGACCUCUACCAGGUGCCCCCGGGGCCAGGCAGCCCCGCCCAGGACGUCUACCAGGUGCCGCCCUCCAUGGACGCACGGCACUGGGAGGGGACGAAGCCACCAGCCAAGGUGGUAGUGCCCACCCGUGUGGGGCAGGGCUACGUGUUUGAGGCCCCCCCUCCCGAGCAGGACGAGUACGACAUCCCGCGCCACCUGCUGGCCCCCGGGCCCCAGGACAUCUACGACGUGCCCCCUGUGCGUGGGCUGCUGCCUGGCCAGUGCAGCCAGGAGGUAUACGACACACCCCCCAUGGCCGUCAAGGGUCCCAACGGCCGGGACCCCUCGCUGGAUGUGUACGACGUGCCCCCCAGUGUGGAGAAGGGCCUGCUGUCGGCCAGCCACCACUCGGUGUACGAUGUCCCUCCCUCGGUGAGUAAGGACGUGCCCGACGGCCCCCUGCUGCGUGAGGAGACCUACGACGUGCCCCCCGCCUUCGCCAAGGCCAAGCCCUUCGACCCAACCCGCCACCCGCUGGUCCUAGCCGCGCCCCCUCCGGACUCCCCGCCGGCUGAGGAGGUGUACGACGUGCCGCCCCCGGCCCCCGACCUCUACGACGUGCCCCCAGGCUUGCGGCGGCCCGGCCCCAGCGCCCUCUACGACGUGCCCCGGGAGCGGCUCCUGCCCCCUGAGGCGGCCAGCAGCGGCGCGGCAGACGCAGGCGUGUACUCGGUGCCUCCUGCGGCCGAGCGGGAGGCCCCGGCCGAUGCCAAGCGCCUGUCGGCCUCGAGCACCGGCAGCACCCGCAGCAGCCAGUCGGCCUCCUCCCUGGAGGCGGCGGUGCCGGGCCGUGAGCCCCUGGAGCUGGAGGUGGCCGUGGAGGCCCUGACCCGCCUGCAGCAGGGCGUGAGUGCCACCGUGGCCCACCUCUUGGACCUGGCAGGCAGCGCAGGCGGGUGCGGGGGCUGGCGCGGGCCCCCCGAGCCUCAGGAGCCUCCAGCUGUGGACCUGCGGGCCGCCGUGGCCGCCGUCCACGCAGCCGUCCACGAGCUGCUGGAGUUCGCCCGCAGCGCGGUGGGCAACGCCACGCACACCUCCGACCGCACGCUGCACGCCAAGCUGAGCCGGCAGCUGCAGAAGAUGGAGGAUGUGUACCAGACGCUGGUGGCCCACGGCCAGGCCCUCGACAGCGGCCGGGGAGGCCUGGGGGCCACCCCCGAAGACCUGGACCGCCUGGUGGCCUGCUCGCGGGCGGUGCCCGAGGACGCCAAGCAGCUGGCCUCCUUCCUGCAUGGCAACGCCUCGCUGCUCUUCAGACGGACCAAGGCCUCUGUCCCAGGGCCGGAGGGGGGGGGCCCCCUGCACCCCACCCCCGCCGACAAGGCCAGCAGCAUCCAGUCCAGGCCCCUGCCCUCGCCCCCCAAGUUUGCCUCCCAGGACUCUCCUGACGGGCAGUACGAGAGCGGCGAGGGGGGCUGGAUGGAGGACUAUGACUACGUGCACCUGCAGGGGAAGGAAGAGUUUGAGAAGACCCAGAAGGAGCUGCUGGAAAAGGGCAACAUCAUGCGGCAGGGAAAGGGCCAGCUGGAGCUGCAGCAGCUGAAGCAGUUCGAGCGGCUGGAGCAAGAGGUGUCGCGGCCCAUAGAGCACGACCUGGCCAGCUGGACGCCGGCUCAGGCUGCGGUGCCGGGACGGCCAGGCGGCCUGGGGCCUUCGGACCGGCAGCUGCUGCUCUUCUACCUGGAGCAGUGCGAGGCCAACCUGACCACGCUGACCAACGCCGUGGACGCCUUCUUCACCGCCGUGGCCACCAACCAGCCGCCCAAGAUAUUCGUGGCGCACAGCAAGUUCGUCAUCCUCAGCGCGCACAAGCUGGUGUUCAUCGGGGACACGUUGUCACGGCAGGCCCAGGCGGCUGACGUGCGCAGCCAGGUGACGCACUACAGCAACCUGCUGUGCGAGCUGCUGCGUGGCAUCGUGGCGACCACCAAGGCUGCCGCCCUGCAGUACCCAUCGCCCGCUGCCGCCCAGGACAUGGUGGACCGGGUCAAGGAGCUGGGCCACAGCACCCAGCAGUUCCGCCGCGUCCUGGGCCAGUUGGCCGCCGCCUGAGUGCCGCCCACGGAGGGGCAAGGGCAGGAGGGCAGGGCGGCACGGCCCAGAGAGCUGCCGCGCCGCGCGGGGCCAGGCGCCCAGACUGCGCAGGGCAGCGUGUGUAUUUAUGAUGGGCCAGGAGGUGGGGCAGGCCUCCCGGCGGAGCCCCAGCAGAGCCGAGGCUAUGAGGGCUGUCUCUCCCGAACGCACUGCAGGCCCAGGGGGGCCAGGCUGGGGUCCACAGGCCUCACCACCCACACAGCCUCAGGGGACCCCCUUGGGCUGACCAGUGAGGGGGCCACGUCCCCCGACAGGGCAAGCGUGGCUGGGGGUAUGUUCUCUGCACCAGGAGAAAACCCUAAGAAACUAUUUUUCAUUAUUGAUUUUCCAUUCAUUUGACUAAUAGUCUACAUUUAAAUAAAAUUUAAAAUAAAAAGCA